AUGCGACUCGGAAAACAGCUGCCAGGAAGGGUGCGGGAAAUGCGUGCAGGGCGCGCACCUAUUUUGGUGGUGGCACUGGUGCUCCUGUGUGCCACCGUCUUUGUCUCGGCCGGCAUCACUGGCUACUCGACCGGCACGAUUAUAUCGCCUCAAGCGAAUGCCUACCGCAGUAGUCGCACCCUCUCCCCGAUGGACUAUUAUAAACUCCCUGUUUGCCAGCCUUCUGAGGAGGUGAUGAAGGCGAGGCGCGAGCAUCCCUCUAUUGGCGAAGUUCUGACGGGCAAUCGUCUUGUUCCAACCAUGUUUGAGUUCCGAGUUGGCGAGGACGUCAAGUGCGCCACCUUGUGCGAUGCCAGGUUCACUGUCAAAGCGGUGCGGCGGGCGAACUACAUGAUCAAUAGUGACUACUACGUGCGCAUGUUUCUCGACAACAAGCCGCUCGUUUCGGCGUCCCCUCAUGCGGGGAGUAACGCGUACCUGCUGGGCUACCCGCUUGGCGUACAGAACGACGUUGAAAAGACCCGAGUGAAGACGAGCAUUCUUCACAAUCAUCUCGACUUUACCAUUCGCAUCAAGAACCGGGCGAUCUCUCAGUUCACGGGAGAGGAGGUGGUCGGGUUCAAAGUCGUCGCCAGAAGUGUUGCAGAGGUGGGCACGUGCACUGCGAAAGCGUUUCAACACUCAAGCCACCCGUACAUCUUGCCGAGUUAUAGGGAUGGAAAAGAUGUCAAGGUCCCUUUCACGUACAGCGUGACGUGGGAGAGGUCUAACGAGGAGUACCCCAUCGAACACAGCAUGGGAGAAGAUACCCAGCGGCGCGGGCACAAGAUCGCCGCCCUGUACGGCGUUCUGCUGACCAUGCUGACAGGCGUUGUGGUAGCGUUUGUGAUGCUCCGCACUGUGCGCAAGGACCUCGCCGUCUACCUUGACGAGGAGAUGGACGAGAGGGAGAUACGUGAGGAGUCAGGCUGGAAGCUGGUACGCGGCGAUGUUUUCCGCCCACCCAAGCAUGCCGCAGCCCUGGUGACGGCCGUCGGCGCCGGGUGCCAGAUUGCGGCGACCAUGCUCACCAGCGUGUUUCUCUGCGCCAUCCACGCGGUGGACUCGACGCACCGCGGCACCUUCCUGAGCACCGUCAUUGCACUUUUUCUGAUUGGUCACGUUGUCUCCGGCUUUGUGACGACUCGACUGCUGAAACUCUUCGGUAUGGCCUCGUGGAAGACCACCGUGUGUUGCAUGGCCGCGUUCCCGGCUGCACUAGGAGGCGGCGUCAUGCUGCUAAACCUCAUCCAUUGGGCAAAGCACAGCACGGCGGCCAUCCCGUUCCUGACGGUGGUCGGGAUCAUACUUGCAUGGCUGCUCAUCUCACUUCCUUUUGGAUGCUAUGGCAUCUAUUGGGGCUUCAAGAUGGACACUCUGGUCGUCACAGCCAGGGUCAGCAGCAUCCCUCGACUCAUACCGGAAGAGGCAGAGAGCACGUCUCUCUACUAUGUACUAGCUGGCAGUCUUGUGCCUUUCAUCGCGUGCUGCGUGGAGAUACCCUUCGCCUUGAACGCAUUCUGGCGGGAGGAGCCUGUGUACCUCUACGGCUUCCUGACCUUCUUCUCCAUUGCACUGGUCGUGCUUUGCGCGGAGGUGGGCAUUGUGGUGACCUACUUCACCUUGCGCGGGGAGGACCACCGUUGGUGGUGGCGCAGCUACUCCGCUCUUGCGACUACUGGCUUUCACCUGUUUGCAUACAGCAUUCUCUUCCUCAAGCGCUCUCUGCAGAUCCGCGCGCUCUCCUCGAUCAUCCUUUUCCUGGGCUACAUGCUCGGCGCGUCCAUUAUGUUUGGUAUGGCGCUCGGCUCUAUCGGCUUUAUUGGGUCGUUUUGGCUCGUCCAGAACAUGUACGCCUCCAUCAAGGCUGAGUAG